GAGAUGUUGAAAUGCAAUAAAGGCGAGGGGACGGCUGAGCUGGAGGAGGCUCUGACCACCAUGCUGGACAUCAUCAAGUCUGUCAACGACUCCAUGCACCAGAUAGCCAUCACUGGUUUCGAGGGAAACCUGAGUGAACUGGGAAAGCUGCUGAUGCAGGGAUCCUUCAACGUGUGGACCGACCACAAGAGAGGCCACAGCAAGGUGAAGGACUUGGCCCGAUUCAAGCCGAUGCAGAGGCAUCUGUUCCUGUAUGACAAGAUGAUGCUAUUCUGUAAGAAACGAGAAGAGACGACAGACGGACACGACAAGACCCCGUCCUACAGCUUCAAACACUCUCUAAAG